AUGUUUUGCCUUGUUUUAGGUGAAAUUCCCGCUCAAAGGAACCUAUUUGCAGUUUCUAUUACUAAUGAAAUUACUCUCAGUUCGCAACUCAGGAGUGCAAUUUAUAAGAUAAAGAAAAAUACCUUUACCAACGUUGACGAAAACAAUCUCAUAUUAUGGAAAGUCAAUAUUCCCAUCAAUAUAGAAAAUAUGAGUAAACUUGACGAAGUGUCUCGUUCGUCUCAUGAAGUUAAUAUCGGAAGAGAUUUCAGAGGCGAAGAGUUGUUUCCAGCAGACAAAAUUCCAGAAGACUACCGUAAUCAAUAA